AUGAAGAUCGCUUCAUUCAAUGCACAGAGGUUUGGAGUGACUAAAGUCUCAGACCCAGAUGUCCUGUCAACUCUUGUUAAGGUUGUGUCUCAAUAUGACAUCAUAGUUAUUCUGGAGGUGGUGGAUGUGAGUGGGCCCUCCGUCAAGCUGUUUCUGGCAGAACUUAACAGGGUGAACACGUCCCACCACUACGCCCUGCAGCUCAGCGCCCAUCUGGGAAGGACCAGAUACAAGGAGCAGUUUAUGUUUCUCUACAGGGAUGACAUGGUGGAUCUGAUUGACUCCUAUCAAUAUGAAGACAAUCAGGUGAACGAUGUGGAUGCAUUUUCAAGGGAGCCUUACAUUCUCUACUUCAAACCUCACAACACGGUGCUAAAGGACUUGGUGCUGAUCCCAGUUCGUGCCACACCGCAGGACUCAGAGAAAGAACUGGAUGAGCUGUAUGAUGUCUUCCUAGUGGUCAGAGACAAAUGGAAAACUGAUAAUGUAAUGAUCCUGGGGGACUUCAGAGCAGAUGGUGCCUCUGUCAGCGACAAACAAAUGCGAAACAUUCGAAUACGCAGUGACAGAAAUUUCCACUGGCUAAUUGGUGAUGAUGUGGAUACAACUUCAGCUACAACAAAUAAUCACACCUACGACAGGAUUGUUGUGUAUGGAGAUGACCUGCUGGCAACCAUAGUGCCAAACUCUGCCAAGGCCUUUAAUUUCCAGAAAGAGCUCAACCUGACAAAUGAAAUGGCGCUCAGAUUCAGCGACCAUUAUCCGGUUGAGGUCGAAUUAAUCAGUGCAUCUCCUUUCUGGCUGGCAAGAUGUGGGAACGCUACAGUAUCAGUUAGCAGAGCUGCAACAGGGAAUUUGCAGGAUGAAGUGAUGAGCUUGCAGAAAGAAAUCCUGCUGCUGCAGAGAGAAAAGCUUCAGCUUCAGAUUUCCUAUUUGAAAAAGAUACUUGUCUCAGUUGAAUGAAUGAAGUGACUAGUAGAUUUCAA